UUAUUUAUUUUACCAGGUUUUUGGAAAUUCUCCCGCUACCCCAUUUUCAUAUCGGAAUCUAGAUGAGAGUGUUUCUCUGUCUCUAUCCCCAUGCAGAUGGGUCCUCUGAUCAACACUGCUACUGACACCCUGCUCACCAACCUCAAUUGUCAUGCUGAGUCUGGAGAGAGCUUUGACAUUCACAGGUGUUUUGGCUGUUUCACCAUGGAUGUGAUAGCCAGCGUUGCAUUUGGCACUCAGGUGGACUCUCAGAAGGACCCAGAUGACCCGUUCGUCCACCACGCCCAGAAGUUCUUCUCUUUCUCCUUCUUCACACCCAUCAUGUUCGUCUUCAUUGCUUUUCCAUUCCUGAUUCCUCUGGCCCGGGUCCUCCCCAACAAGAGGAGGGAUGAGAUGAACAACUUCUUCAUCAACUGCAUUCAGAAGAUCAUCAGACAGAGAGAUGAGCAGCCAGUUGAAGAGCGGCGGCGAGACUUCCUACAGCUGAUGCUGGACACGCGGAGCAGCAAGGAGUGUGUGUCGCUGGAGCACUUUGACGUGGUCAACCAUGCAGAUGAGCUGGCCCCCAGACACACUCACACAAACCAGCAAGAAAAUGUUGACGUCAGCCAUGAGUCACCCAACAGGCGCUCGGUUCAGACCCAGAAGAGGAUGAUGUUGGAUGAUGAGAUAGUGGGCCAGGCGUUUGUGUUCUUCUUGGCGGGGUAUGAGACCAGUAGCAACACCCUAGCCUUCACCUGCUACCUCCUGGCUCUUCACCCAGAGUGUCAGAGCAAACUGCAGCCUGAGGUGGAUGACUUCUUCACCAGAUAUGGAUUUAUGACCAAGAGACCCAGUCCUAUAUCAACUCCACCUCAGCUGUAAUAAGUCCAUCUCUGCAGCAGUACCAGUCUGCCACUCUGCAGGCCAGCAGAGGUGAUGAGUGUGAAAGACAGACAGUGAUGGGCCCUGGCUGGAACAAAAAUAAAUGAGAGAGACUGGGGAUGGGCAGAGAGGGAGGGGU